AUGAAGAGAACUGCCCCCGUCGCGCUUGUAGCGCUGUUGGCCCUCACGGCCUCGCUAAACGCCUCAGCGGAUCCUGUAAAGGAAGCUUUCCUUGAGAUUGCCAUCAACGGAGAGCCCAUCGGCUUCUUGAAUUUCAACCUGAGACCAGACGUCGUUCCAAAGACUGUGCAGAACUUCGUCGGGCUCCUUCCGAGAUAUGUGGGCACUUUCUUCCACCGCAUCAUUCCGGACUUCAUGGUUCAGGGAGGAGAUGUCCAGAGGAACAGCAGGCCCGACGCGGACACUCAGCCCGUGGAUUCCUUCGAAGACGAGAACUUCGAGCUGAAGCACGUUGGCCCGGGAAUCCUGUCUAUGGCAAAUGCCGGACCCAACACGAACAGCUCGCAGUUCUUCGUGACCACCGUCGCCACGCCGUGGCUCGACAACCGCCACGUGGUGUUUGGGACCAUCACGGAAGACUCGAUGGAAGUGUUGAAGCGCAUAGAGGCCACGGGGAGUUCUUCGGGCCGCCCGUCGGCCAGCGUCACAGUCAAGUCUUCGGGAGUUGGCCACCGGCCCAACGCUAGUUAA